UGCUGCUUCACAGUUAGUUAUCUCAGGCGGCCCGGCCAGCUAAACUCUGCUGGAGAUCUUGAUAGGCAAGUUCCUGAGCCCCUAUCUAGGAGCUCAAGCCUGGACUCCUACCCCUCCCCUCCCGUUGCCAGUGUCCCCCCCUCCAGCGUCCCUGAGAGGGCAGCCCCGGGCAGCGGGGAGCAGGUUUGGACCCCCCUCCGGCGACCUCGCGGCGAGCCUGUGCCCGAACCGCCGCCGUCUUUAGCUGGACUUCGGCCGCACAGCCCGAGCGAGGACCGACCGGGCCCGGUCUCCAUCCGCAGUGGCCUUCAGAGGAGCUCGCUCCGGCGUCUCGGCCUACCGGUCCCUCAGCCGCGAAGAUGUCGGCCUCCAACGUCAGCUUACUGCGCGAGACUUCCCGGCAGGUCGUGGCCGGAGGCUCUGCAGGUCUUAUAGAAAUUUGCCUGAUGCACCCUCUCGACGUGGUGAAAACCAGGUUCCAGGUUCAGAGAAAUGUUAUGGACCCACAAAAUUAUAAAAGCUUAGGAGACAGCUUUCGGAUGAUCUUCCGAACAGAGGGGCUUUUUGGCUUUUACAAAGGAAUUCUGCCACCCAUUUUAGCUGAAACACCAAAAAGAGCAGUCAAGUUUUCCACCUUUGAGCAGUACAAGAAACUGCUGGGAUAUGUGUCACUAUCACCAGGGCUGACAUUUGCCAUUGCUGGACUUGGAUCUGGAGUAACAGAAGCCGUUGUGGUCAACCCUUUCGAGGUGGUAAAAGUUGGUUUGCAGGUCAAUCGGAACUCAUUCACAGAGCAACCAUCCACUUUUGCUUAUGCAAGGCAAAUCAUUAAGAAGGAAGGCUUGGGGUUCCAGGGCCUCAACAAAGGAUUUACGGCAACUCUGGGACGUCAUGGAAUUUUCAACAUGGUUUAUUUUGGCUUCUACCACAACGUCAAAAACAUUAUUCCAGCCAGUAAGGAUCCAACCUUGGAGUUUUUGAGAAAAUUUGGGAUUGGUUUUCUCUCGGGGACAAUGGGCUCAGUCUUUAACAUCCCCUUUGAUGUUGCCAAGAGUAGGAUCCAAGGGCCCCAGCCAGUUCCUGGAGAGAUCAAGUACAGAAACUGCUUUAAAACAAUGGCGACAGUCUACCAGGAAGAAGGGAUUCUAGCCUUAUACAAAGGCCUGCUUCCCAAGGUGAUGAGACUUGGACCAGGUGGCGCAGUGAUGUUGUUGGUGUAUGAAUACACCUAUGCAUGGCUACAGGAAAACUGGUGAUGUGCUAACAAAAGUAUUCCCUUGACAACGGACAUGUGAUCUGCGGUCCCAUGAAGAGAAGACAGCCAGCUAAGCUAGAUGUACGGUGAAGAGGGAAGACAGCCUAUUCUGAUCGCUUUAGAGUUUUAGACAGAGAGACAUCUGGGCCAUAGAGCCACUGUGCGAAGAACAGGAACAGGAAGCAGUGGAGUGUGUAAGUUAGGUAGGAGUGGGGUCCAGAUCAGAUACAGUUCAUAAAAGCUAUACGACUCACACUGCUUCACAAUGAAAACUCAUUUAAUAAUCCUUCUGAGAAGUCUAUAUAUAAAUACUUAAAUUCUUAAAAACAAAUUGUUCAAAUUGUGGCUAAUUCCCUGAGAAUUAUUCAAAGAAAGACUGAGUUAUAAGCCAAACUUUAAAAGUUUUUUAUAAGGACUAUUUUUUCAAAAAUCAUAUUUUAAAAGAGAAGAAAGAAAAAUUUAAAUACACCAAAACAGCCUUUUGAGAAUGUUUAAUUUUGUGAGUGCUGUGUAAAAAUGUGAGUCCACCGGUUUUCUAUAGUAAUAAUACACAGUUAGGGUCUGUUUUCUUAAAUCUAUUUUGUAUUUCACGUGGUGGUUUAACUGGGUUAUUUUUAAAUCAUGCUAUUUGGAGUCUUUUAUUACAAAUAGAAUACAUGGUGUUAUAUUAAACUGAUUCCCUUUACAUAAUUCAUUUUGAAGACAAGUCUCAUUACUGGAAUAGUUUUAUGUUAAGUCACAAACCGGACGCACUCCUUGGGCCCUUCUCUGUUUACUGUAUUUGUCUCCAAACACCCUUGUCCUGAGUCCUUACCUACACCAUCCUUGAAAAGGAUGUACAGAAAUAAAACUGUUCUCCAGA